AUGAGUAGUAGUCAAAGUAGUGAUUCUUCUCAGAAGAAAAAGAAAGAUCUAUUCUUUAUUCCUGAUUCAGAUGAAGAGUUAGAUGAUGUUGUAGAUGAAGAGCCAAAGUCACAGUCUGACUUUGCAAUUAUCAAGCCUGCUUCAAUCAAAGAGAUAUUGGCUGCUGAGGAAAGAGAUAGAAAAUUGAAUCCAACCAACUAUAUUUCAACCGAAACAACAGCAACAACAACAACAGCAUCAACAGUUUCAUCUUCAUCUUCAUCUUCAUCAUUAUCAUUAGAUAAAAGUGUUAAUUCUUCAUUUAGAUCAUCUAUUUUACAAAAGAGAGAUGAUGUCAUUAACAAUCGCAUUAGUAGUAAUAGAAAUAAUGAUGAUAUCAUUAAUGAUGACAAUAAUAAUGAAAGUAACAAUAUAUAUAAUACAAACCUUGAUGAUUUUUCAUCUUUUUCAACGAUAACUUUAAUACCUAAAAAUAAGGUGACAGACACAACAACAACAACAACAACAACUACAACAUCAACUUCUUCAACUAUAUUACAACCUAAUAAUAUACCAAAACCUCUACCUAAACUACUUAAACUAUUACCUCUUAAACCACUACCACUUAAUAGACCUGUAAAUAAUAAUAAUAAUAAUAAUAAUAAUAAUAAUAAUAAUAACACUAAUAGUUUAUCGACAUCUCCAACUUCAAUUUCACCUUUAACAUUACCUUUACCUAAUAAUAAUUCAAGUAAUAGUACUAGUAAUAAUACAGUAGUUCAAACAAAUUAUUUAAAUAUAUACAAGACAUUGGUUGCUAAUGAAAAGUUAAAGGGUAAUCCAAUCUUUAGAUUCUUCCUACAGUCAACUACCUUUGAAUUUCAAGGCGGUAUCAAACCAGAUUUCGUAAUGAGUUCGACUAGUUGUUGUUUGUACACCACUCUUAAAGACUAUCGUCUGAAACCGACCGAACUAAUCGAUCGUUCAAAACAACUACCGAGUCGAUUCGAACUACGUGUACUCGUAGUCGUUGUAAACAUUGACGAUUGUAUAUCACUACUAGAGGAACUAUCAUUCGUUUGUACUCAAAUAAAUUUAGUGUUAAUAGUUGCAUGGAAUGUUCCAGAGGCAGCAAGAUAUAUCGAGGGAUUCAAGAUAUUGGAUACAGUUUCACCCGAUAUCAUAAAGACAAAACAAUCAAACCUCGACAAGACAUUGGUUCAAGACGCACUUACAACCAUUAAGGGUAUAAACAAAACCGAUGCUACAACAUUAAUCUCUACUUUUGGUACAGUAAAGAGAAUAUUUGAUGGAUCUAAAGAAAGUUUUGGAUUAUGUCCUGGUAUGGGACAGAAAAAAGUGAAUAGUCUUUACAAUGUAUUACAUCAGCCGUUUAAGGCAACCAAAAAAUCAACCACAACAACAACACCAUCAUCAAUGACAACCACAACAAAUACCAAUGAUGAUGAAAAUACCCCCGACACCUUAUUGGAGCUUGCAAUUUUCGAGGACAAAACAGACAGUCACAAUGAGAAUUCGAGAUUUCAGCAAGAAUAUAGUGUUACCAACGAUUCUGAUAACGAUGUUGACGGCAACGAUACUUUAGUGCUACCAUUGCCCGAACGAGAUUAG